AUGAAUACAUUUCGAACUUUAUAUUUUUCUUAAUUAGCUCAAUAGCAUUUUGGAGAAGCUAUGGGAAAGGUUGUUAAUGUGCUUGAUUAAUAUGGGCCAAUCCAAUACUAAGACAUUUUAAAAUAUACAAGGUUUGAUGACUUAAAAUUCCUUGAAAUUGUGAUUACUCUAGGAAUAAAACAUUAAAUUAUUGGUUUUAAAUUUAAAACAUAACAGGAUAAUGGAAUUGAGUUGAAAAAAUCUUCUGAUAAAGAUAAGAGUCAAGAUGAUCCUAAUUAAAAAAAAAAAAAAAUAAAAAAAAAAGGGUUAAUUUUUGUUAAUCAUAUCGCCUUGUUGGGUAGAGAAUAUGUACCAGAAUUAUUGAGCAUAGAAAAAAAAUACAACAUAAUAAUUGAUUAUGCAUUGAAAAAAGGGGUUUUUGGAAUACAGAAUUUAAUUUCUGAUAAUAUUAAAGAAAAUGAUUUGGAAAUAUUAGUUAAUGAAUUAUUUGAUAAAAGCUUGCUUUAAAUUGUUUAAAUAGAAUAACCAGAUCAGCAUGAAGAAGUUAAAGAAACUAUACAUAAGGAUACAAAAAAUAAAUCUGAGAAAAAAACUUAAAAGGCAAAUAAAAAAAUAGAAAUUCUAUCUCAAAAAUAAUAAUCAGUUACAUAGAAUUCCCUAUUAUAGAUAAAUUGGACAGGAUUAAUAGAUACUGUUAAAAAUAAUGUAAUUUUUUUUUGAUAAUUUAGGCAAUUAUGGAAUAAUUAAGAUAAAUUUAUGGGAUUUCAAACUUUUAGGAUUAAACAAUCUAUUUAUAAAAACAGAAAGAACUAAAAGAAAAUUUAGAGAUCAAGUGGGUUGAAGAUAAGUUUUCCCUAAAGCACUCUAGAAUCUUCAAUCUUCUAAGAAUGAAAAACUGUCCUUUAGAUGAAAAAUAAGUUUGAAAAUUAAAUAUUUUAGAUAUGUGACUUUGCUUUAAUGAAUUUUAAAGAUUCAAAUGCAAUAUUGUUUGAAUUAUUAAAAGAGUAAUUGAUAAAAACUUAAAUACUUAAGGUAAAUGAUAAAGAUAAGCAAAUAUACUUAUAUGAUUAGAAAUUAGUUGAUGCAAAAUUAUAAUUGUAUUUCUACAAAGGUUUAAUCAGUUGUAAAGAUAAAUAGCUUUAUUUUGGGAUUUUGAAUUAAUGGAAUCUGAUGCAAUUUGAAGUUAAAAAUUGAUUAAUAUAUAAUG